AUGUGGGUUGGGGUUCUGGGUUCUUCGCACAAGCAAAUUGAGUUUAAAACAGUGAACGAGGUAAAGAGUGGGGCACAUACAUCUUUCUGGUUUGAUCAAUGGAAUCAGAUUGGUCGGCUUUUCGAGCAUACCACAACGGUCCUUGCUACGCAUCGACGAAGAAAACAUCUGGCGGAGCUGUUGAACAGGAUUGAGGAUGAGAUAGAUACUCUUGGCACAAGAGGAUUGUCACAUGAGGCUGAUCGGAUCUUAUGGAAGUUCGAGGAUAAAUUAGAGCCAAGAUUCAGCUCAAAGGAGACAUGGAGACUCACACGGAUAACUCAAAAAGAAGCUGACAUUGUGGACCUUGGAUACUGGUCUGCAGCACAACCAAUUGAUGAUGACGACAAUGUAGAAUUAGAUAAGAGCAAUGGGAAGACAUUACUCGCCAAGACAUUAGCUCGGCUUGUAAAUGUUCCUUUUGUCAUUGCUGAUGCAACUACACUGACUCAGGUUGUUCAGUUCAACGUGCAAGCAGCACAGCAGGGAAUAGUCUACAUCGAUGAAGUUGAUAAGAUAACAAAGAAGGCUGAGAGUUUAAACAUUAGCCGAGAUGUUUCUGGGGAAGGCAGUAUUGUAAAUGUUCCACGGAAGGUAGCAAGGAAGCAUCCACGGGGGGAGCAUGUACAGAUAGACACAAAAGAUAUCCUCUUUAUCUGUGGAGGAUCAUUUGUUGACCUUGAGAAGACCAUUGUGGAUAGUGGUGCAAUAACUACAUCUUUGCUUGAAUCGAUUAAGCCUCUGUUUCGCUAUGGAAAGAGAGAUCUUAGUUAUGUAAUGGCGGCUGCAUUUCAUGUCGAGAGUUCCGAUCUUACAGCGUAUGGCCUUAUACCGGAGUUUGUAGGACGCUUUCCCAUAUUAGUUAGUUUGUCAGCUCUAACAGAGGACCAGCUUAUUCGGAACCCAAGAAUGCUCUUGGGAAACAAUGCAAGAAACUAUUCAGUAAAGUUGCAUUUUACUGAGAAAGCUCUCGGGGUGAUUUCGAAGCUAGCGAUGGUGAAGAAUACAGGUGCGAGGGGACUAAGAGCCUUGCUUGGAAGCAUUCUUACAGAAGCCAUGUUUGAGAUUCCAGAUGCUAAGAAGGGAGACGAAAGAAUCGACGCUGUUAUUGUAGAUGAGGAAUCAACAGGCCCUGAAGCUUCCCGUGGUUGCACAGCGAUAAUACUUAGAGGAGAUGGAGCUUUUGAGCGUUACCUCAGCGAGAACAAGUCGAAAGAUGCUUCAGAAACAAUGGUUGAGGAAAGAGUAGACUCAGCGAGAGCAAUGAGCUUGUAA